AUGGCCCGCUCUACACAGCCGGUGGCUCCAAGGAGCCACCACUGCCGUUACAGGCCACGGCUGGCCUCGAGAUCAGACCCAAAGGAACAGGGCUGCCUCCUUCUUCCCAUCCCGACCAAUUUCAGCCGCUGGAAUCGCCGGUACUUGCCGGAAAUUGAAGAAAUCCGAGCUGUUUUUGGACAGAUUUUGACAGAUUUUCCAAGUCUUCGUUCUCUCUCAUUUCUCCACCAAAACGGACGAAUGAGGUUUCGGCCGGUUUUCAAAUUGAAUUUCCGGCCACUUCCGUUGAUAAUUUGGGGUAUGUCCAAGAACAAAAGUGGCUCCAAAUUAGGUGUAUUACCUAGGGUAGGAGUCUUGGCUCUCGAUUUGGAAGUUUUCCGGCGAUGCGAUGUCGCUUUGGACACCCAAGCGCUGCCGACGCGUGUGGCGGCGCGUGGGCACGGUAGCUUGGGGCAUUUUUGUCCCAAUGUGAUCCCCUUGAUGUCAUGA